UGCGGGCAACAUCGUGGCGAGUGAGUCUCGAAUAAAGAAACCGAAGCCCGAACCCCAAAUCGAACCGGCAACGGCAACGGCGUCGUAGAUUGCCACGCGAAAAGAAAAAUUGGUGCUAAGACCCCCGCUAACAAAAACAAGAGAAAAACCCACAAAACUGCAGUAGCACGGGGAAAAACUACAAGAAAAGUGCACAAAUUACGCAUAAAAAAAGAUACCUAAAGUUCCUACUCAAGUGCCGGCCACUUAACACCGUCCAUAAAGUGCGUACCGCUCGCCAAGAUGCUCACCAGACAGCCGGACUACACCAUCUCCGAACUGGGCUACCCCGUCGCACCCACCACGUGCGAGUCGCUCAAGAAGCUGGAGCACAGAACUCUGCCAAAUUCCCCGCCCUCACCUCAUCGCCUGUUGCCGCUGAGGGAAACCCUCGACGAUUGCUUCAAGCGGCUGAUGAUGAGGAGCAGAGAUGACUUCGAGGAGGACACCGUGUACCAGCAGAAACUGCGGAAAAAUCAGUGGAAUGAACAGCAGCAGAGGCGUAAUCAAAAAUGUCGAGAUAAAGGCGAAUCCAGAGCGACAACGACGACGAUAGCGUCAACCGGCGAUCUGAACAAUUUUUGAGAUUGGAGGAAGAGCGCCUGGGAGCAGCCUUACAAACCCACAGCGGACUGAUUAAAUGUGCUAAAGUUAAACACCUUGUGCCUAGAACAUUAAGUUUAUUAAAAUGUUAAGUGAUUAAGAAGAAACC